CUGGGUUCAUUUAGAUAAGAGACAAAAUCUGUUAGGACCGGCCGGUUCUUUUGAAAACCGGUCAGUUUAGAAUUUACUACUGUUAACCGUUAACGUAUGGUAUGAGACCGGGCGUUGGUUAUGAUUAACUGACUUAUCUUCAAUCCUUCCUUUAAGCCAUUCCCAGAUUUUUUUUCUUCUCCCCCAUUCUCCAAUCUCCAUUCUUGCAAGAAAUUUCAAAAGCCCAUUAAUAUGUUUUGAUUGAUUCCCUCUUCAAAAUAACGAAAAGGGCUGCUGAUUGUUACAGAGUUAAAGAAGAAAAUUAUGAUGAUAGUUCAGUCCACCAUUGUUCCAGCUUUAAAGCUACAGGGCUUUCCUCUGAAACUUCAGCAUCCAAUUCUAACUUCAACCCAUAAAUACUCUGAUAAUGCUCGUAUCUCAGCUUCAUUUCAGUGGUCAUUCGUUCAUCCCAAGUUCAGGCUUCCGAAAAAGUUCUCUUGUCAGAUAUUUGGAAAGGAACGGAGAAGUAUUUCAAUCUCGCUUUUACCAAGAGCAGAAGAAGAUUCAAGGUAUCUUUUUGUUGAAGAAGGGGUAACUUUUGCGCAAAGGAACGCCGUGUAUGUUUCGGGCUUUUGCAGUGGAGUAAUGUUUUGGUUAGCUUCAGCACAAGUCACGCUAGCAAGUGAGAAUAUCAGAAUAAAUGAAGUUUAUGAGACAGGGGAAUUGUUUGAAUUAGGAAUUCAGCUCACUUACUUGCUUUUGCUACUGGCAUUGCUUGGGGUCGGAAGUUUCUUUGUGAUACGUCAGGUUCUUGUCCGUAGGGAGCUUGAUCUAUCUGCAAAAGAAUUGCAAGAGCAAGUAAGGAGUGGAGAUGCUAGUGCAACAGAGCUUUUUGAACUUGGAGCUGUAAUGCUGAGAAGGAAGUUCUAUCCAGCUGCUACAAAGUAUCUGCUUCAGGCCAUUGACAAAUGGGAUGGUGAUGAUCAGGACCUUGCUCAAGUUUACAAUGCGCUUGGCGUCAGUUAUGUACGGGAUGAAAAACUAGACAAAGGAAUAAUGCAGUUUGAGAAGGCAGUAAAACUUCAACCAGGUUAUGUAACAGCUUGGAACAACCUUGGUGACGCCUACGAGAAGAAGAAGGAUUUCAAAUCAGCCCUAAAGGCAUUCGAAGAGGCUCUGCUUUUCGAUCCGAACAAUUCCAUUGCACGCCCAAGACGCGAGGCAUUGAAGAAUAAAGUAACAGUAUACAAAGGAGUUGCUGUCAAAUCGAAGAAGAGCUGAUUCCAGGGAAGAAUUGCCUUAGCUACAAUGAAUGAAUGUAAGAGGUUUUAAUUAACAUUAAAUAGCCUGACAGUUAACCAAACACAGUUUUGAAAACAAGAAGAGACUUGUGCUUUAUAUGUUCCAAAUGGGCUUUUGAACAGAAUGGAUUCAGAGGUGUAGGAAGAUAAAUUGGCUGUUGUAAAUUGCAGAUAUGAAACUAUUUUUUUUUCUCCUUUUUGGUGGUUGAAUGAAAUAGAGAGUACAUGUGUAACAAUCUUCUGAGUUAUGAUUGAUCGUGUCUUAUCCAAGAAUUGCAUCUGAAAGC